CGUAAACACCACACACCGUGGCGGUGUUCGGCACCUUUCCAACCGGGAGGACUCGCGAGGUGUUGCCACCGUCUCCAACGAAUGGAAACCGGAAGCGCGGCGGGUUGUUGUUCUUCUCCCCGUGCGGCGGUGCGCGCGAGCCGCCACCGUUGCUGUGCUGAACGGACGGACCUCCCUCUUUCCGCCCGCUGGCUGCUCGUAGGCUGGUCCGCCCGGAGGAGACCAGCACUGGCUGCGACGAGGGCGGAGCCGGAGGCCCGGGGCUGUCAGGAAGAAAGGCUUGUUCCGUUUCAAAAAGGAGCCACAGGCGCUGCAGUCGGAACCCACACGGCGCUCCUUGCUCUACAAGUAUUUGUGUGCGUGGAGUUUUAACCGCGACGUCCGCUUGUUCUGCCCGACUCGAGGAGCACGCAGCAUGCCGGUGAAAGGCGGAGGAAGACUGGCCUCCCACCCGGGCAAGAGCGAACAUGUCGGCAGCUCAGGGAUGGAAGAGAUGGUGUGGGAGCAGUACACAGUAAAUCUGCAGCGGGACUCGAAGAUGGGCUUCGGCAUCGCGGUGUCCGGUGGGCGGGACAACCCCAACGUGGACAGCGGCGAGACGUCAAUCAUCGUGUCCGAUGUGCUGCAGGGAGGACCAGCAGAUGGCUUUCUCUAUGAGGAUGACCGUGUCAUUCAGGUCAAUGCCAUCCCCAUGGACAACGUGCCUCAUUCCUUUGCUGUUCAGUCGCUCCGUAAAUGUGGUAAAGUGGCUAAAAUAACGGUGAAGAGACCUCGCAGGGUCCACUCCAUGACGCAGCCCCCCUCCCCGAGCGGAGACAGUCGGGUGUACACCCCCUCCAACCACUACUACGACGCCGACAACGACAACGCCUGGUACCGCAACGAGGGCCGGGACCACGCCUCGGAAAGCAAAGCCUACCUGGAACCAGACUAUAGGGGAGGGCGUGACUCAAACCAGAGAGGGAGGAGCCGCGGGAGGAGCCAGGAGAGGACCUCGCCUAGCCCAGACCGAUCCAGGAGGGAGGGCAGUCGGGGUCGAGCCCUGGACGCCAGCGCCGACCGCCAGCGGUACCACAGCCGAGGCCGCAGCCCCGGGGAAGGCUACCACGCGGAGGACAAGUACGAGCGAGGAGAAGGCAGAGGAAAAGAAAAAGAAGGGAGGUAUAAGAGCAGGGACCAGCUCAACGACAACCCUCCAUCCCCAGAACCCUCCAGAGAGCUGGAGCCGCUGGAGAAACCGGUCAACGUCCUGCUGGUGAAGAACAGACCCAGCGAAGAGUACGGCCUCCGUCUGGGGAGUCAGAUCUUCAUCAAACAGAUGACCAGCACAGGCCUGGCUGCCAAGGACGGGAACCUGCAGGAGGGAGACAUCAUUCUCAAGAUCAAUGGGACGGUGACGGAGAACCUCUCUCUGCACGACGCUGGGAAGCUGAUAGAGAAGUCAAGGGGGAAGCUGCAGCUGGUGGUCCUGAGAGACCGCCGCCAGAUCCUCGUCCGCAUCCCCCCCCUCGCCGACUCCGACUCAGACAACGACAACGACAACGACCACGACGACAUAUCAGAGAUGGAGUCAUACCAUUCCUAUUCUCCCCCAGAGGAGAGGAGGUCCCGCCAGUCUGACCUGUCCUCCCACUCCUCCAACGAACGAGACAACCCCAGGGAGGAACCCAUGAGGACAACCAAGAUGUCAGCCAUGGCCUCCCCGUUCAAAGUACCUGAAGACCCCGAGGCCUCAGCUGAGCUGAGCAAAGAAGCACCGCCCAUUGAGCCUCCAGCUGCUCUAGCCACGCCCAAGAUUCUCCUCCGACCAAGUCCUGAAGACGAGAAACUAUAUGGGCCGAACACGGUGAUGGUGAAUUUCCAGAAGGGGGACAGCGUCGGGCUGAGGCUGGCGGGGGGAAACGAUGCCGGCAUCUUCAUCGCUAGUGUUCAGGAGGACAGUCCUGCUGAGGAGGAGGGCCUGCGCAUCGGGGAUCAAAUCCUCAAGGUGAACAAUGUGGACUUUCAAGGUGUAGUGAGAGAGGAAGCGGUGCUCUUCCUGUUGGAGAUCCCUAAAGGGGAAGUGGUCACCAUCCUGGCACAGAGCAAACCUGAUGUCUACAAUGACAUCUUGGUAUCCGGGCGCGGAGACUCCUUCUUCAUCCGGACCCACUUUGAGUACGAGAAAGAGACUCCUCAGAGCCUGGCCUUCAGCCGGGGGGACAUCUUCAAGGUGGUGGACACCCUCUACGACGGCAAGCUGGGCAACUGGCUGGCGAUCCGUGUUGGCAAGGACAAGCAGCUGCUGGAGAAGGGCAUCAUCCCCAACAAGAGCAGAGCGGAGCAGAUGGCCAGCGUCCAGAGCUCGCAUAAAGCUGCUGCGGGCGACCGAGCCGACUUCUGGCGGUUGCGAGGCCAACGGUCUCUGAAGAGGAAGGACCUGAGGAAGAGCAGAGAAAACCUGAGCGUUCAGACGCUGGCCACCCGCUUCCCAGCGUACGAGCGAGUGGUGCUCCGAGAAGCUGGCUUCCGGCGUCCCGUGGUGCUGUUCGGCCCCAUCGCCGACGCCGCCAAUGAGAAACUGGCCUCCGAGAUGCCCGACCUGUUUGUCGUGGCCAAAACUGAGCCGAAAGACGCUGGCUCUGAGAAGUCCUCGGGAGUGGUUCGCCUGAACACCAUCCGACAAAUCAUCGAGCAGGACAAGCACGCCCUGCUGGACGUGACGCCCAAGGCGGUGGACACCCUGAACUACACCCAGUGGUACCCCAUCGUCAUCUUCUUCAACCCGGACAGCAAGCACGGCAUCAAGGCCAUGAGGCAGAGGGUCGCCCCCAACUCCAACCGCAGCGCCCGCAAACUCUACGAACAGGCCGUCAAGCUGAGGAAGACCUGCUCGCACCUGUUCACAGCUACCGUCGACCUGAACUCGGCCAACGACGCCUGGUACGGCGGCGUCAAAGACUCUAUCAGAGAGCAGCAGAUGCAGGCCGUGUGGGUAUCUGACGGCAAGCCGGUGGGAGUAGAGAGUGAUCUGGACUGCCAGGACGUGGAGCGCCUGUCCUUCCUGUCCGCCGACUACCUCAGCAUUGACAGCCGGCUGACCUCCGACCUCGACGACACCGCAGACGAGGGCGGGACCUACACCGACAACGAGCCCGACGUGGAGAUGGUGCACAUCUCCGCCAUCAGCCGCUCGUCGGAGCCCGUCACGGCCGAGGAGAUCUUGCGCAGGUACAGUCCAGACAUCAGGAGCCGCAUGAGGAAAAUCAGCAGCCGUGAAGUCCUCAACAGGUCCAGUCCUCCACCGGCCUUCUUAGCCGACAGCAAGGUCAAACUGUCUCUGAGGGACGAUCCGAUCCUCGUGCCGGGCUCUGCCAACCCGCACCAUCACCACCGUCAGCACCACCCCCCGCCCCCCAGCUCCAGCCGAAGUUACGACUCCCCCUCCAGCAGCAGCCCCGCCAGCAGCAACAACGACCCUCCGCCCCUCAUCUCCCGUUCUUCCGCCGCCUCGGCCCCGCUGCCUCUGUCCCCGGCUCACCACUUCAGCCCCUGCGGCAAACUGUGGCCCCCAGGAGCCCCCCAACCCCCCGCCGCGGCCAAGCCCGGCAGUUGCGGGAGAGCGGCGGAGGCCGCGGUUCGCUCGCCUGCGGCUCUGCCCGCUGCCACUGUGGCGACCUGUAACCAGCAGCAGCAGGAGGCGGCGAGGGACAACCCCGUGGAGGAUCCGUCCUUGAGGUCCUUCCUGGGAAAGAUCAAGGCCUUCGAGAAGAUGGACCACUUCGCCCGAGCCCAGAGGUUGCUGGAGCUGCAGGAGGCACAGAACGCCAGGCUGGAAAUUGCUCAGAAGCACCCGGACAUCUAUGCCGUUCCUCUGAAGACAGCCAAGCUGGAUCACAGUCGCCCGCAGCCCAUCGGCUCCAGCUCCCGUCUUGAACCCCAGACUCCUCCGUCCAUGGAGGGACAUCCCUUCUACCCCAGUGAAGAGGGGCAGGAGGAGGAGCAGGAAGAGGAGGAGGAUGAGGAGGAGGAGGCGGCAGUGCCGGGAUACUACACCGCCAACUCCUUCCAGUACCAGGACACCCAGCUGUAGGGGUUGGCGCCCGGCCCUCGGCCUCCCUGGAAACACACGUACACAUGCACUGCGUAUGCAGUCUAUUUACACACAUGCCAUUCCAUCACGCCCUGCACAAGUACGCUGCUGACUUUGAACUGACUCUCGCUUCUUUGAUAUUGAGAAUGGGGGGGGGACAAACUUGUUUUUUUUGCUUUAUGGAAGUUAAAGCAAUCUGUACUAUCCAUUUGGAUAGACACGCUGUCUCCACUGCAUUUCUUCUGGUGUGUUUGAUUGUUUCUUUCUUACGUACCACUUUUGAUGGUCCAAACUGAGUGAUUAUGAACUUGCUUUCUUGCCUAUGCAACUCUUCGGUUUGUGCACUGCAACUGAAACUUAUUGCCACAAGUUUUCCCCUCACAAAAACCUCAACAAACCUAAAAACCACAAUGCGCUUUAUCACAUCCACCCCCUUCUUUUUUAAGCUCCUAUAUUGCCAGCUACGAUCAACAAAUGUUACGUAUAUAUUAUUACAUACAGCGUAUAUAUAUAUAUAAAAAUGUAUUUAAAGUCAAGUGUUUAUACUCUGUCUUUGCAUUCCUUCAUUUAUGAAAAUGCCUGUGUAUACAUACAGUAUAUAUAACUAUAUAUAUAGUCUAUCUAGUAACACUGGAAAUUUGUUACAAUUUUUUAAAGUGCCUUUUUAUUUUCUUAGUCCCAUGAGGUUGGGUUGUCGUUCCUCCGGCCCUCAGCCACCCAGCCGUACUAAAACCUCUGCUGCUGUCGAGCUCAAAGGGAAACCAGUGAACCAGUGACACCAACAUCUCAACGCUGUCCCCAACACAGGCCCACCAAGAACUCCCUGUAGGCAGUCCUGUGUGAGACAGAGCAACACUGUCUGUCCUCUAAGAACAGACGGCCAUCCAAAACAAUAUCUUUCUCAAACCAGUCAUAGCAGUAAUGUAAUUAUUAGAGUAGGCGAAAGUUGUAAUCGGUAAAGGCCCGGUCACGCCCAGCAAUAAAACAGCCAAAUUCAAAAUCAAUUAUAUUUAGUGGGAUCUUGGAGGACUAGCUUGCUGGAGGCAAAGUCAAUCGGCCCACAUAUUUGGGGUUAAGUUCUAUGCUGGUUGAACUUUGACCUGGAUCAUUAACCAACAGAGUCCAACACAAAUGAAGCUAUCCAAGCUCAAUUGCUUUGUUGCAAGUUUAAACUCCUCUGCAAAAUGUUUUACGAGGACGUGCAAUGUCACUCUCUGGCGUGACCGUGUCUUAAGAUUUAUUUUUCUUAUUGUCGCCGUCUUUGGUGCUCAGCGGUCAUUGCUGUGCUGUUCUUGCACUGCACCUCCAAGCCAUACAUUAUGUUCCAGUCUUAACUGUGAUGGCCCAAUGUUUUGUUGGUUAGGUUUCUGCAGGUGGGGCCCUCUUCUGUCUGUUCAACCAAUGGUAAUAACCCUGUUACAUAAUGAGGCUGAUUAUAUUCUGUAUUCUUCUUAUUGUCAUCGACUCCCAUGUGCAGACCCCAACCAGCAAUGAAUGUAUGUACCGACAUGUGUUGUGUGAGUAUCCAACACCUGACAUAUCGUAUUCCUCUGUGCCAUAGAGAUCGCUUGUUGUCCAAAAUGAUUAGAAACUAGACACCAACACUAACAGUGGGUUCAUCUGCAGUUGAAAUAGUCCCCAACAAAUGCACAAUUUCCUCCUUUUUUGAGGAACAUUUGUUAAAAACUAGUUUUUAGAAAAAACUACAUACUGUAUAUGUGAAUCUUUAAAAAAAAAAAAGUGUUUGUCCUCAGUAGGAGCCAAAAAGUAUUGAGAGAUCUACUCGCGCAGUGAAG